AUGCCGUACCGACGUUCGCGAUCACGUUCACGAGGGCGAAGAAGUCGUUCACGUACUUUACGGAGUGCUACAUCCCUUUCAUUAUUACCUGUAAGGCGUCGACGACGGCUAGGCUCACGUUCACGUUCACGACCACGAUCAGUAGUGGGUUUUGAUUUGCUGAGGCUAUUAUCGAACAGAAGGCGCAGACCAAGGUAUAGAUCUAGAUCACGUCGGAGCUCAUAUAGGUCGAGAUCACGCCGUAACAUUCGACGUCGUCGCCGUCGUCGUUUAAGCUCUCGCAGCCCCCGUCGUCGUUCUUUGUCUCGCCGCCGUUCACGGUCUCGUCGUCGCACUCUCUCUCGACGUCGUCGCUCUCGUCCUCGCUCGGGUGUACGGAUAUAUCGUUAUCGGAUCCGUCGACGACUACGAUGA